UGGCAGCUCAUACCUGCCUAUAACUCAAUCAAACACACUCACAUAGACAUGUAGGCAAAACACCACUGCUCUUAAAAUAAAAAUUAAAAAAUAAAGCAGAGUUCAGCUACUAGCCAUGAGACGGUCAAGUUGAAGGUGAGGUAAAGGCUGUUUAUUCUUAGCCUAACUCACAACCUAGCUAUUAAAUUAAUAAGGGGGUUCUAAAACCAGAUCAUGUUUUCUAUAAGCCUUUCUUCAGCCACGAGGGCUUGGUAAAUGUCUGCGGAGAGAGCGGUUUUCUUUUCCUAGUGAUUUUGCUUGAAAUACAGAUUUAUGUUAGGGUUUCAUGGAGACUGAUUUCUUCAGUGCUAGAGAUGGAACUCAAGGCCUCACACAUGAAGCAAGGACUCUACCCCUAAACCACACUCCUAUUGCAAGACUUUGUUUUGUAUUUAGUGGAUUACAGGACAGGGAUCUAUUUGAAGUCAUGAGGUAUAUUGACAUUCUGUUUCACUUGCUGUUUCUGUUUUAUGCAAGUUCCCAAGCAACUCACAUUUGCAAACACAGCUAUGGAACCACUAUUUGUCUUGACAAUAGUUACCUUGGAAUUUAGGUUGAGUUUUCUAUCUCCACUUCCCUGUUUCUUAAUCAUAUAUAACAUUUAUGGUAGCAGGUUGAGUUAAUGGUGUUAGCCUCUAAUGAGAAGCCAGGAAGAAUGAAUAGUGAGGACCUGGUCACUCUGAACGUGGGAGGGAAGCUCUUCACAACAAGGCUCUCUACCCUAAAGCAGUUCCCUACCUCUCGGUUGGCAGGCAUAGUAGAUGGCAGAGACCCAGAGUUCAAGACAGUUAAUGGCCAGAUUUUUGUGGAUAGAGAUGGUGCUUUGUUUAGUUUCAUUUUAGAUUUUCUGAGGAAUCAUGAGCUUCUAUUACCUUCUGACUUUUCAGACUAUCUUAGGCUUCAGAGAGAGGCGCUUUUCUAUGAACUCGAUUCUCUCGUUGAGCUGUUAAGCCAGCACCUGCUACAAUCAAGACCUGCACUCAUGGAGGUGCACUUCCUAAGCCGAAAUACUCAAGCCUUCUUCAGAGUGUUUGGGUCUUGCAGCAAAACCAUUGAGCUGCUAGCUAGAAGGAUUACAGUGUUUGUAGAGCAACCUACAGCACUGGCCCGGAGCGGUAACCCCUUCCCUCCUCAGGUGACUUUACUUCCACUGCCUCCACAAAGACCUUCUCACCAUGACCUGGUUUUCCACUGUGGCUCUGAUGGCACUAUUGAGAACCACGCUGGAGUCAGGUACAUUUCCAUAAAGCCUGAUAACCGAAAAUUGGCGAAUGGAACAAAUGUCUUCGGCUUGUUGAUCGAUACUUUAUUAAAGGAAGGCUUUCAUCUGGUCAGCACUAGAACACCAGCCUCUGGAGACAAAAGUGAAUGCUAUGUCUUUGAAAGAAUAAAAAGCCUUCAAGUCCUUGGGGGGAAUAAAACACCAAACCCAGAAAAUACCACCAUACCAGCGCCAUCCCAGAAGUAACAGUGUAAAAAGACAGUAAAGGGAACAUGCUCUUCUUGUUUGGAAAUUCCAUACCUGGAGCAUGUGUGCCGUCAGAUUUGGACUUGGUCUGACUUUGGAUGUUUUCUCCUACCUGCCUUUUUGCCCUGGGGAAUCCAGCCCAUCAUGCUUAAAGCUACCCUGCAGACUCUCACAAAACAACACUGCACAGGGGAUUUAGCACUUUCUUCUUCAAGGUCUUUUACCAUGAAAUGGGUUCUGGUAAAACUGUGUCUGAGCCUAGUUUAGUCAUUUAUUAGCUAUGUGGCUUAAGUGAGGCAUUUCUGUGUUUCAACUUUAUCUAUUAACUAGGGACAAAAGAGUAUCCCCCUCAUAGUUAUGAGACUGUUGGUUAAAGGGAACAAAGUUCUCACUAUGGCAUGUGGUAGGCACUCAGUAACUGUUGAUAAUGAUCAUGGGUCACUUGCUUUCAAACCCAUCUCUUCUCUGAGGCCUUGUUUUCUCCUUCCCCAUUUGUUUACCUGCAGUGUCAGUGAUUAAAACCUCAUGCAUGCAAAGUGUCCUCUAUGACUAACUUGUACUCCCCAGCUGCGGAUCAUUCUGCAUAGACUUGUAUAUCACCGUAAAACCAUGUUUCCCUUACUUAAAUAUAAGAUGUUCGAAAAGUUUCUAAUGCUACUAUAUAUAAAGUAUUUUGCUAAACUUAUAAAUCAUACAGUAUCUAAAUUUGGUAAAAAGUUUUAGAAUAACAUUUAAAACACACAUAAUGAUUUAGUUUCUCUCAUUUUAUAUUUGUGUUAUUUUUAAACAAUAGGAUAAUACCUAAAAAAAAAAAAAUUCAUCAAAACCUAGUGUUUGCUUAUAGUUAAGUGAAAAGCUGUUGUAUGGAAAUACUUCAAAGUUUGCAAUUCAUUCAAGAACUUUAUUUUAGAUAUUUGUAUUAGUUUGGGCUUCUGUUGCUGUAAGUUGGGGAGGAAAGGGCUUUUUCAUUGUGCACUUCUGUGGGGGUACCCUGUGAACGCCAGGGCUGGCAGAUAAAGAAAUCCAGUUCAGCACAACUUAGCCUGUGUUGGUUCAAAUGAACCUGAUACUGGGCAGUUUAUUUUAGUCAUACUUAAGUACAGUACAACAUUGGGGAAAAAUUUUCCUGGUGACAGUUAUCACAAUAAAGCUUAAGGGUGGCUACAUUAAAACUCUUUUGCAAAGUACAUAUAACUUCUUUAGUAAGAAUGGAUUCUAGAGCUUAAGGUCCCAGGAGAGGA